GGGGUUGAUUGUGAAAUGAGAAACAUAAGGGGCAGCAUUGUCAUUUUAUAUUAUAACUAAGAUUUGGUUAUGCGAAAGUACAGCAUAAUCCAGAUUCCACUGUAUAUUCUCUUUUCUUUUCUUUUUUCUGUAUUAAUUUCCAUAAAUAAUAAACCAAAAUGUUUUCUCCUUCGAAUGUGGAAUGAAUGGGCAAAGCAAAGCACCAUUAAAACUUUUUCCUUCAACCUUCCAUAGCUCUUUCCAGCGAAAACCCUGAACGCGUUUUAGAGAGGGAAAGAGAAGGGACUGUUACUGUUUGUUACUGUAUUCCAAUAUGUUGUCCAGCUUCCUUAAUGGCGUCCUGAUUGUUGGUAUUCAGAGAGAAGACGAACCUCUCUGAAUUUCUUAGUCUCUUUUUUUUUUUUCUAAAAUUUUAAAAUUCUGUUUAUAUUGUUUGGACCUGUUAGAAAGAGAAAGAGACGGCGAGGAAAGACAGGCGAGAGAGAAAAAGAAAAUUAGAAGUCGUUUUCUGAGUUUGAGUUGACUGGCUGUAUCGGUGUAUGAUUUGUCGCGUUUCUUUCAUUCGGGUUCAUGGCUCUACUCGUAUUUAGAAGCGGCAAACGGUUUCAUGGAAAUCUUAAAUGGCUUAGAGGAGUUGUGAGUUUCGACAAGGAAAAGCCAUCUUUCAGAUAAAUUUCUUGAUAGGCAACUUUCCACAGACGGUUGUCUUGGCUGAACGAUUCUGAUCUGUUCAUCCACUUUAGUCCAACUCUUUAUGAGACAGAUCCUGUUGUGUUGUAGGGAAAAAAGAAACAGAAACUUCAGCUUUAUAAUCUGGUGCAUAGCAUCAUAGAUUUUGUUAGAAACAAACAAGUCUUUCAGAUUCGUGAAGUUUAAGCUUCGGUGGCAAAUCUUCUUUGGCAAAAAUUUCUACAGUUCACGUCAGUCAGGUGAAUUUACUAGAACAGUGUUUAUUAUCAUCAUUUGCAGCUCUUUCUGGAGGGAUCUUCUUUCAUACUAGUAAAUCAACUCUCGGCUUCAAAUAAGGCACCUGCCAAGUUUAACUCCUAUUACCUCUGUGAGGAAUCUUCUUUAGAAGUUUCUUCCAGUAUAAACUUUGUCCAUUUCGGCAAAUCUCCUUUGGCAUUAGAGUCCUUCGUCCCUUUCGGGCAAAUCUCCUUUGGCAUUAGAGUCAAAAUAUCCUUUUCAGGAUAUUUUACUCACUAUCUCUUUCAAACAGUUGAAUCAACUGGAAGAUAAAUACCACGCAAAUCGCAACUGAAAAUUUUAGUUAUAUCCUUGGCUGUAUUGCCUUAGCAAAAAUAAAAAAAAAUAAAAGCCUUGGCUGUAUCCUCCUUCAGGAUUGACUAUUGACUUACCAUCUUUAUCACAAUAUCUAUUAUGAUUUGAGAGCUUAAGAUUAAGUGGGACCAGCAUAUCUUGGAAGCUUCUAUUUUCUCAGACAGGAGUGGAGUUACUGGUGCAUGUGCUAUCUUGUUCUACUAAAGAUCCUGCUCUUCAAGAUGGCAAAACUUUGAAAGCAAAAGUUAAAUCAGACAUUAUAUUUUUUAUUACUGAGGUGCUGAAACAAUGGAUUUUCUCACUGAUUCGGACUGGGAAAGUUUUAGUGAAAUUGGCAGUAGUGAACACGAAGAAGUUGACUUUCUGUAUGGUGGUCAGGCUUGUACCAUUCUGUCGAGUCUGGAGGAAAGUAUUGGUAAAAUAGAUGAGUUCCUCUCAUUUGAGAGGGGAUUUCUUCAUGGGGACAUUGUCCGCUCUAUAACGGAUCCAUGUGGGCAGAUGGGCAGAGUAACCAAAAUAAACAUGUUUGUGAAUCUUGAGAAUGUUCAUGGGAAAAUUGUAAAAAAUAUAAAUUCAAAACAACUUUCGAAACUCCAUUCCAUUUCAGUUGGAGAUAUUGUGGUUAAUGCAAAUUGGAUAGGACGGGUGGUUAAGCUGGUUGACUGUGUCUCUAUCAUCUUUGAUGAUGGAUCUAAGUGUGAGGUCACUGCUGUGGAUCAUGAGAAGCUUGUGCCUGUUUCUCCCAACUUAAUUGAUGACCCACAAUAUCAAUAUUAUCCAGGACAAAGAGUAAGGGUUGUGCCUUCAAAUGUUUCUAGGUCAACUAGAUCGUUAUGUGGUACCUGGAGGGGAAAUCAGGACGAAGGAACCAUUUCAGGUGUGGAUGCGGGUUUUGUCUAUGUUGAUUGGAUUUCCUGUGUUCAUGUUGAUCAUGAAUCGAGUGCCUUUCCUCCUUGUUUGCAAAAGGCAAAAGACUUGACUUUGUUGUCAUGUUUUUCCCAUGCAAAUUGGCAGCUUGGUGACUGGUGUAUGCUUUCCUCGGCUGACUUCAGGGGGACUACUGAAGAGGUUCUCCACUCUGCAACUCAACAUAUAACUAGGGAUUCGUGGAAACAAGAUAAAGGAUUUAAAAGUGGAAACCCAGAUUCAAGAUUGGUAGAGAUCUUUACCAUCAUUAAGACAAGGACCAUGGUUGAUGUUGUGUGGCAAGAUGGUACUUGUGGUUUAGGAUUAGAUUCACAGACUUUACUUCCUGUCGGCAUCACGAAUACGCACGAAUUUUGGCCUCAUCAAUUUGUCCUGGAAAAGGGAACCAUAGGCAAUAGCCAAAGAUGGGGUGUGGUGUGUGGUAUGGAUGCAAAAGAACGCACAGUUAAGGUACAGUGGAGAACUAUAUCUGUGAAUCAAAUAAAUGGUUUUGAUGGGAAGCAGGUGGAGGAAACUGCUAGUGCUUAUGAACUUGUUGAGCACCCAGACUACUCUUACUGUUUUGGGGAUAUCGUGUUCAAGAAGGUGGUUCAAAGCCAGUAUGGUGAUCAAGCUGAUAAAUGUUUCAAAAUCUCUGAAAAUGGUUUUGGCACAGAAGCCGUUUUGAAAGGCAGAAACUUGAAUCUGGAUCAGUACAAGUAUCCCAGUACAUAUUGUCUAUCCUGUAUCGGCAUUGUAACUGGGUUUAAUGAAGGUGAUGUGGAGGUGAAGUGGGCUUCUGGUAUUACAACAAAGGUUGCACCAUAUGAAAUUUACCGUAUUGAUAAAUAUGAAGAUUCAGCAACAACUCUUGUUCUCUUUGAAGAAAAUACUGAGGCUUAUAAUCAAGAGAUGUUUGUGGAUGAGAAGCAGUCUGAUAGCCACAAAGGAAAGGAGUUGUUGAAUUUCAACGGUGCUAUUGAAAGUGGUGAGAAAUUCUCAUUGGUACCUACUUUCUUCCGUCCUCAAGCUGCUAUUGGAUAUUUUACAAGCAUUGCUUCUAGCAUUCUUGGAUCUCUUGGUCCCAAUUCACUGAUAAGCCAAGACCCAUCUGGUUGUAUUUCUCGCAAUGCAAAAGAAUAUGACAUUCUCCUUGAGAAAGAGGUGGCUGAAACUUUCCAUCACUGUGCUGAACAAGAUAUGAGUGAGUUGCAGAUAUUUGAAAUGACAAACAUAAGACAGGAAGUUGGAGAGAUUGAAGAAAACAAAGUUCGUAUGAUGCCUAGACCCGUUGAAACUUCAGAUCAAUUCAGGCAGUUUGAUAUGGUUAGUGAUUGUUCAGAUCAUCACUUUCUCGGUGAAAGUAAGGUGUUGGCUGUGUCUCAGGUGAAAAGAAGUUGGUUGAAGAAGGUUCAGCAAGAAUGGAGUAUUCUAGAGAAAAACCUUCCUGAAACCAUCUAUAUCCGUGUAUGCGAGGAAAGGAUCAAUUUACUACGAGCAGCCCUUGUUGGUGCUCCUGGCACACCCUAUCAUGACGGGUUGUUCUUUUUUGACAUUUCUCUUCCUUCGGACUACCCAUAUGAACCACCAUUGGUGCACUACCGUUCAGGAGGCCUCUGCCUAAAUCCCAACUUAUAUGAAUCAGGGAAGGUUUGUUUAAGCCUUCUAAAUACGUGGGCAGGUUCAGAAACUGAAGUAUGGAAUUCGGGAAAAUCCACAAUUCUUCAAGUUCUUCUGUCACUCCAGGCUCUUGUGCUUAAUGAGAAGCCAUACUUCAAUGAGGCCGGAUAUGAUAAACAGUUAGGAAGAGCCGAGGGGGAAACAAACUCGGUGAGCUACAACGAAAAUGCUUUCCUCGUAACCUGCCAGUCUAUGCUUUAUAUACUCCGGAAUCCACCCAAGCAUUUUGAGGCACUUGUUAAGGAGCACUUUAGUAGACGUGCCAAAACUAUUCUCUCCGCUUGCAAUGCAUACAUGGAAGGAGCGCCUGUAGGAUUUGCUCUUGAAUGUGGCAAAAAUGGGCACAAUGUAGAUCUUAAAGAAAGUUCUACUGGGUUCAAAAUCAUGCUAGCCAAGCUUUUCCCAAAGCUUGUGGAUGCAUUUUCUGAUCAGGGAACCAAUUGCAGUGAAUUCCGUGGGGUAGAGAAGUGAAAGCACUGCCGAGGCACUAGUAUGUGAAAACGAUACCCGGAAUUGCUAGAAUGUGAGUAGCUUUGUAUAAUAUUCCUCACCAGAACUGAACGGAGAUCCCUUUAAAAGGGAAGUUAUGUAUCAUAUUGGGGUGUGCUUUGCUGAAAGAUGGCAAUGUUUAUAACUGUCGGAAGUUAUGCUUUACAGGCUUGUGCUGUGACUCUAGAAAACUAUUGUUUGCAGACAAUAAGGAGCAAUGGUUGGAUCGGUUGCGCUUUGAUAAUUCAUUUUGAGUUUCCGAA